AUGGACGGUGACAUAUUUGGAGAGCUAGGCAAUUCAACUCAAGUAGAUAGCAGGCUUUUACAAGUAUUUCAGAAGAGCUUGUUGCAAGCUCAAGAUAUUUUGAAUCAGAACCGGUUACUGAUCAAUGAGAUAAACCAAAACCAUGAGUCCAAGAUGCCUGAUAAUCUAAAUAGAAACGUGGGUUUGAUUAGAGAGCUCAAUAGCAAUAUCAGAAGGGUGGUUGAUCUCUAUGCUGAUCUUUCUAACUCCUUUACCAAGUCCAGAGAAGCUUCUUCUGAAGGGGACUCCAGUGGGACUUUGAAGUCUGAUGGAAAAGUCAGCCAGAAGAGAAUUAGAUCCAGCUAA